AUUUCAUCGACUGCCCGCCAACGCCCUCGACAACACCGUUGACCAACAAGACUAAUCAACCAUGGGUAGGGUCAUUCGGGCACAAAGGCGGUCGCACGCUAUCUUCAAAUCGCACACCCACCACAACAAGUCCCCCGCCCAGUUCCGCCCCCUCGACUUCGCGGAGCGCAAUGGCUACGUCAAGGGCAUCGUAAAGGAGAUCAUUCACGACGCUGGUCGUGGUGCUCCCCUUGCCCGUGUCGUCUUCCGGGACCCCUACCGCUACAAGCUCCGCAAGGAGACCUUCAUUGCGACUGAGGGCCUCCACACUGGCGCCUUCGUCUACUGUGGAAAGAAGGCCCAGCUCGCGGUUGGCAACGUCAUCCCCGUGGCCCAGCUCCCCGAGGGUACGAUUGUCUGCAACGUCGAGGAGAAGGCUGGUGACCGCGGUGCGCUCGCCCGUACCUCCGGCAACUACGCCACCGUCAUUGGUCACUCCCCCGAGGAGAACAAGACCCGUAUCCGUCUUCCCUCUGGCUCGAAGAAGACCGUCUCCGGCAGCUGCCGUGCUACCGUCGGCAUUGUUGCGGGUGGUGGACGUAUCGACAAACCCCUGCUCAAGGCUGGUCGUGCGUUCCAUAAGUACAAGGCCAAGCGUUACAACUGGCCCCGUACUCGUGGUGUGGCUAUGAACCCCGUCGACCAUCCUCACGGUGGUGGUAACCACCAACAUAUCGGUAAGGCGUCGACGAUCGCUCGCUCUGCCGUCCCCGGUCAGAAAGUCGGUCUCAUCGCUGCGCGUCGGACUGGUCUUCUGCGCGGUACGGUCAAGGUCAAGGACGUCUAGGGGGCUUGACGUUGGAGACUUCCGCGAUGUUGUUUUUAUGCUCUACCCACUUGCACGAUGUUACAAAAGCUCUGUAUGCAGUCCAUUGCAUAUGCACCAUGACCAUGACCUUGUACACACACUCGAGAAGCUUGCUGCG